AUGUAUUACUGCAAAAGGGAUGUUCUUGGUAAUUCGGUGUUCAUUUCGGCCAUCUAUGGAAGUAAUGAUGGGAUAAAUCGAAGACAACUUUGGCUCAAACUUAAGGAGGUUAAUUCCAUUGUUAAUCAGUCCUCAUGUGUAUUAGGUGGGGAUUUUAAUAUAUUCUUGCAUUCCCACGAAAGCUCAGAUCAUGAUCUGAUAGGCCAUUACAAUUCUCCUGAUAUGAAAGAAUUCCAAGAAUUCACUCAAGAGUUUGCUCUUCUUGACCACCCUUUCUUUGGGCCUAAGUUCACUUGGAGUAAUAAGCAACAUGAAUUAUUUCUGGGUAGGAAACUUGAUAGGGUUAUAAUAAAUCCUAGUUGGGCUCCCAUCUUUCAACAAUCUUUUGUGGAAUUCCUUGCCCCUGGAAUCUCUGACCACAUCAUUGCCAUUAUAUGGCUUUCAAAAGAUAUUCCAGCCUCCAGGCCUAAACCUUUCAAUUUUUUAAAUUUCUGGGCUGCUCAUCCCAAUUUCUUGAAUGUAGUAAGGAACUCUUGGCAUCAAGAAGUUCAAGGCAAUCCUAUGAUGGUUCUGUUCACAAAACUUAGAAGACUCAAAGAUUGUCUCAUAAGGUUUAAACAAGAAAAUUAUAGCAACCUCUUAGAUAGAGUUAAAUUAAAGAGAAUGGAGUUGGAAAAUCAACAACUUCUUACUCUUAAAGGUGAGGAAGCCAUAGAGAAGGAACUUGCAAUUCAUAAGCAGUUGAAAACCCUUGAAGAAGUUGAAUCAUUGUUUUUUAAGCAAAAGACAAAAGUUCAAUGGAUUAGAGAUGGCGACAAAAAUACCAAUUUUUUCCAUUCUAUUGUAGCCUUUAAAAAAAAAAAGAGAUACCAUCAGAGUCCUUGA